UGAGUGCGAAAGUCAAAACUUUUGGCGCGUAAUUUAAUAAUACGAAUUUUGUAAUCAAAAGUAAAUUUUAAUUGUAAUUUUCUGCUUUUACUAUAUUAGAAGAUGUCCAAGAACGCUACAAAAGUUUACAUUAAAGUCGAAUCUGAUGCUGAACAGCAGGUAAGCGAUUCUUUGGCGUCGAUUCAGCUUAACUCUCAGCAAAAUUUGGCAAAAUGUAGAAAAUCGUCAAAGUUACUUCAAAAAGCUGCAGAUAAGGAAAAUCUUACUCGUUCUCCAUUUCAUCCAUUGGCGAAAAAUCUCGCAUUUACGAAAUCUAAAAGUGCUGAUAUAGAAAAUAUUGUUACACAUCCAGAAACUUUAAAGCGAAAAAAGAUUGAAAGUAAGUCAUCAUAUACCCAAACAGAAGCUCAUAAUUUAUCACCUGAAAAAAAAAUUGUAACCGCUAAAGAUUUAACGUCAGAAAAGCCUGGUGAAAUUUAUUGGGAAUUAUUAGCUGAAAAAAGAGGAGAAGCAUUAAAUGAAACUUUAGAAGAGAACAGAAAAUUACACGAGCGCAUUGAAUGCUUAGAACAAGAAUUAGAAACAUCAAAAAAAAUGUUAGACGAAGCCAAAAAUUUGGUGGAAGUUUUAACUGAAAUGUUGGAAGAAAAAGAGUUUGAAAAUGCUACAGAACCUGAAGCAGAAAGUACGAAUAUAAAUUCAAUAAGAAUAAAUGAGGGUGCAAGUACAAGUGCUGGAGAUAGUUGCUAUUUUGAUUCCACAAUUUCAAACACCGGAGGUUGCGGUUCAGAUUCUGAUGAAUAAGUUUAAUUAGCUUUUUUUAUAAUUUAAUUUUCUUUCAAUCUCGAAAUUUAUGAAAAAUUUUUUUAAUUAUUUAUUUGAUUCUUAACAAGUGACAAAAGUAGAUAUCAUCUUUGAAGUAUAAUACUGCUAAUUUUGCAUUCAUACAACUAAAAGCAAUCAAAUAGUACUAUAAUCAGAUAAGAACUAAGUUAUAAGUAUGGUACAUAUUACUGCAUAUAGCAGGAAGAAUUUGAAAAAACUAAUAAUAAAGUAA